UUGUCCAGACUAGAGGAGCUGUUCCUGUGCCUUAAUGAGUACACCACUGUGACACCGGCCACCAUGCCCUGCCCCACACUGCGUCUGCUCCACAUCACAGAUAACAGUCUCCAGGAGUGGAGUGAAGUACGAAAAUUCGGCUCCAUGUUCCCUGCACUGGACACUUUGGUCAUGGCCAACAACAACCUGAACUCCAUUCAAGACUCAGGAGAAAUCCUUCAGCGGCUCUUCCCUAACCUUCGAAGCAUCAAUCUGCAUAACGCAGGACUUAAUCGAUGGGAGGACAUUGAGAAGCUAAAUUUUCUGCCCAAACUGGAAGAAAUGAGGUUGCAAGGCAUUCCUCUACUGCAGGCUUACACGAGCAUGGAGCGUCGCAGUCUAAUGAUAGCCCAACUGCCGUCAGUGACCUCUCUGAAUGGGAGUGCCGUGACGGAUUGUGAGAGAGAAGAUGCUGAGAGAUUCUUCAUCCGUUAUCACUUGGAUCAUUCAGAGGAAAUUUUGCUUUGGAGAUAUCACUGCUUGGUGACCAAAUAUGGGAAACUGGCUCCUCUGGCUGAGAUUGACCUGAGACCACGUUGCCACGCCAAGGUGGAGGUACGCUAUGAAGACAAAGUACAGCAGGUGAGCAUCCGUUUGGACAAGACUGUCGGAGAGCUGAAGAAGCAGCUGAGGACUGUUGUGCAGCUCCCCAUCAGCAACAUGCGCAUUUACUACAUCGACAAGGGUUCUGCCUUCGGCCCUGAUGAGUUGAAGUACAGCACACGGGCCUUGCACUCCUACAGCAUUCAAGAUGGGGAUGAGAUCUUGGUAGUUCCCAAAACAAAAUAACUGUCUUUCUCCAGGAUCACAAAAAGCUAUAUUUAAAUAACCAAAUCAACUUUAAACUAGCACCAUCUAAGCUCCAUAGAGUGAAUGGGACUGUCUUUUCAGGGAAAAACUGCUUUGCUUGGGCUUCAGUUGUAUUCAAUAGGCACAUAGCGUGUCAUGUCACUACACAGUCAUAAGAGACACCAUGACUCGUGUGCAACUUUAGUUUUGUUGCUGUUGUUAAGGGUUUACUUUUUGUUUUCAGACUUCACGAGCACCCCUGUAUUUUCAAAAAUAAAGCACAGCGGAGGGCUCUGGCAGCCCAGGAUGUGCAGAUUUUAAGACAAUCACCCAUAGCUGAAA